GCCACACUGUUCCCGUUUUUUUUGUUAAGCUCUCGCUUAACCUAAACGCCGGGAGCACAAGUGCUCGGCGAAAUGACGAGCGCCGGAGCGGCGACAGGCGCCGCGCUAGGCGCGCGGACGGCGCGGUCCUGCGACGGCUGCAUGAGGCGGCGGGCGCGGUGGCACUGCCCCGCCGACGACGCCUUCUUGUGCCAGACCUGCGACGUCUCCGUGCACUCGGCGAACCCGCUCGCGCGCCGCCACCACCGCGUCCGCCUCCCCUCUGCGUCCUGCUCCUCCCCACCGCGCGACCCGGACGCGCCAACGUGGCUCCACGGCCUCAAGCGACGGCCACGCACGCCGCGGUCCAAGCCAGGGGGGAGCAAGAGCAACAAGCAUGAGGCGACUCCCAGCUUUAUCGCCGCGGCUGCGUCGUCGGCAGCGGUCCCCGACCUCGAGGCGGAGGAGUCCGGCUCCGGUAUCCUGGGCGGUAACGACGACCACCACGGGUUCCUGCAGGAUGACGACGAAGACCUUCUGUACCGCGUGCCGGUGUUCGACCCUAUGCUCGCCGAGUUCUACAACCCCGUGGCCGACGAGGGGGAGCAGAAGCCGGCCUGCAGCCUGCUGAUGCCGUCUCUCGCGGAAACAUCGCCGGAGUUCGCCUCCGGCGGCUCGGCGGAGGCGGACGGGCUCUCCGUGUCGUUCCACGUCCCGGACAUGGAGCUCGCUAGCUUCGCCGCGGACAUGGAGAGCCUCCUCAUGGGAGUCGACGACGACGGGUUUGACUGUUUGGGUUUCUUGGACGAAGAGAAACCUCAGGUGAACGCGGACUUGGACGCCAUAGUAGCGCCGGCGCCUGAACCAGAGGACAAGAAACGGAAGCGGCCGGAGAUGAUACUCAAGCUCAACUACGAAGGCGUCAUCGCCUCAUGGGUCCGUGACGGCGGCUCGCCGUGGUUCCACGGCGAGCGUCCUCACCUCGACUGUCACGAGCUAUGGUCGGACGACUUCACGACGGGUAGCCGGGAACUCCUCGGCGGAGCCGUGACACCGGUGACCGGUGGCGAGCGUGAGGCGCGGGUGUCGCGAUACAGGGAGAAGCGGCGGACGCGACUGUUCGCCAAGAAGAUCCGGUACGAGGUGCGCAAGCUCAACGCCGAGAAGCGGCCGCGGAUGAAGGGUCGGUUCGUGAAGCGCGCCACGCUUCCGCCGCUGCCAAGGCCGCCGCCGCCGCAGCAGCAGCAGCAGCAGAAGCAGCUGCCACGCGCACCGCCACACGUGGGCAUGGUGCUCCCACCACCUCCGGUAUCGAACGGGCGCUUGUGGUUUUGAGACCAUAUGCAUGCAUGGAAGCAUGCAUGAAGCAACGUAUGUGCGUGAUGCAUCGAUGCAUCUAUCUCGCUCGUAGCAUGCGCAUGUUCUUUCUACUCUACUUUUAAUUCGUGCGUGCGAAUUAGGGCACCCCACAAGAUAAUGCUCCCUGCUUACGACUGAAAUAUAUUUGUUUGUACAUGUGCAGAAUAGUUAAGAAAGUAUAUUUAUAGCCUAGGUUUGUUGUUUAUCUUUUCUAGUUGUUGUAAAGAAGGAUGCACUAAAUACAAGGGAAGGGUGUAGAUUUUGA